AUGUACCCCAGCGACGAGGAAAGUGCAGCCGUCAAGGCGGCAGAGGACCUCAUGCUCAGCACCAUGGCCCGCUACGACCCAUCCCACGACGCGUUCCAUGUGCAACGCGUAAGAAAGACGGCUUUGCAGCUUGCACGUUCCAUUUCGUCAACUCGACAACUUGACCUGCUGGUGGUCGAGCUAGCCGCCCUCCUCCACGACGUGCUGGACAAGAAAUACGUCUCGCCCGAAGAGGCUGUAGAGCCCUACGCGUUCUUCACUCCUUUCUUCCAGAUGCUCGCUUCUGAUUGCGGAGUGGAUCUCAUAAAGGACGGCAGAGCGCGCACCAUAGCUAGGAUCGUGGACAACGUAUCCUGGAGCACCGAGAAGCGGCUUCGCGCGACGGGCUUACUCGAGGAUUGGCAUCGAGACUGCAUAGAGCUGCAUUGUGUGCAAGAUGCGGAUAGGCUAGAUGCCAUUGGUGCAUUUGGGAUCAUGCGCUGCGCUGCUUAUAGUGCCGUCACAAAUCAUCCUCUGCAUACUCCCGGUAAUGAUCCCGCACACGCCGCAUCAGCUGUGCAACACUUUCACGACAAACUGUUGCACAUCCGAGAAAGACUGAAGACAGAGCCCGGGAUACGUUUAGCCGAGAAGCGAUACCAGCUGAUGUUGGACUUCUUGCAAGCAGUAGAUGAGGAGUACAACGUCGAACACAGUUAUUGA